ACAGGAGGAAAUACUCAAUUAAAAUGUUGGUAAAUGUGCGGCUCUUCCCACUCCUCUUGAGGGCAGAUAAAAGCCUGCAGCAGAGGGCAGUGGUAGUAUUGGAUUUGAGGGUUCACAAACUCAUCAAUAACCCUGACCUGCUCUUUAUUGAUGGUAAUGAUCUAUGGUGGUGGCAGGAAGUCAGGCAGCAAUUAAAUCUUUGUCUUUAUUCCUAGAUUUGAUGUUUCCUGGAUCAAUACUGCCAGCACUUAAGCAUCCAUUGAGCAUGGAACCAGACUGACCACAUAAUACAAGUCUAGUAAAGAAAACUCCCAGGAUCUGAUCGGAGCAGCAACCAAGGGAACCCCUGACCAGCACACGGAGGAGAGGUGCCAACCUGGACAUCACUCUUCACAGUGCCUGCGUGAUGCCACCUUUCGUGUGAGCCCUCCCUUAUCCCGUCGCAGCGACACGCAGAAUCCCCUUCAGUCCCUCAACACUUCAACGCUGUGCGUUUGGAUAUCUGACUCAUCCUCUGCAGCUAUCAGCCAUAAAUCGAUCCCAACUCAGCUGGUUUAUCAGGGCUUUUCUAUUCCAGACAGGCUCCCUGACAGGGUUACCCACUCAUCUGAUGCUGAAGCUUGAUUUACAAAUCGGUACAAACUCCCCUGACCUUCAGUUUGGAGGUUUCGGGUCAUUUUCUAUUAGUUUUUGUUUUGUUGUGCAGAAGAAUCAUAACUCGUCUGCCCCCUGAGAAAAAGUACUUAAAAAGACAAGCAUUAGUUCUUUGAACCUUGUCUGCAGUGGAUCCAGGCAGCGGCAGUUCAAAGCUCAGAGGUUGUUGUUGUCACGCGCACUGAGCUGCUCACUCUGGAGCCGCGUGUUUUCCAAAUGCCGCCAUGCCCAUCAUCAGCAACGCCAACCAUGACUUCAGCAACCUGUCCGUCAGUGAUGACAGCAGCCUGGACCGCAUCUUCACGGAGAUCCCAGAGACUGAAACCAUUAAGGGUGUUUACUACCAGAGAGCUCAGUUCAUCCGUCGGCCAGAGGACUUGUUGUCCAUCGAUCACGCCUUGCUAGCAGUGAUAAAUGUGGGGGGAAACCGUUACACCUUCCCCUGGAGCACGCUGGCACAGUUUCCUCUCACUCGGCUCGGCCGGCUGUGCGGCUGUAGGUCUCUCGAGGACAUCGCCAGUGUUUGCGAUGACUACGACGAGGCGCGGAAGGAGUUCUUCUUCGACCGCUCGCCGUCUGCCUUCAGGGUCAUCCUCAACUUCCUGGCUGCGGGGAAACUGCGCCUUCUGCGAGAGAUGUGCAUCCUCUCCCUGCACGAUGAGCUGAACUACUGGGGCGUGGAGAUGGCCUACAUGGAGCGCUGUUGCAAGAGGAAGAUGUACACGCGCAUCGAGGAAGUAUACGAAAAGGAAAGGCGUGAGGAGGAGCGCAGGAAGAGGAAUGCCAUGCAGAGGGUUCCAGUGGAGGAAACACAAUACCAAAAAGUAAUGAACUGGCUGAGGGACAUGGUGGAGAACCCCCAGUCAGGCUUACCAGGGAAGAUCUUUGCCUGCUUGUCUGUAGUCAUGGUGGCUGUAACUGUUGUGAGUUUGUGCAUCAGCACCAUGCCGGACCUCAGAGAAGAGGAAAACAGGGGAGAGUGUUCUGCCAAAUGCCAAAACAUGUUCAUCAUUGAGACAGUGUGUGUGGCCUGGUUCUCCCUGGAGUUCAUCCUGCGCUUCAUCCAGGCGCGCAGUAAGCUGGACUUCCUCCGCGGGCCGCUGAACAUCAUCGACGCCAUGGCCAUCCUGCCCUACUACGUUUCGCUGGUGGUGACAGAGGAGGAUGAGGCCUUGGAGCACGACAGGCCCGGAGGAGGUAAGGGCUACUUGGACAAACUGGGCCUGGUGCUGAGGAUCUUGCGAGCGCUGAGAAUUCUCUACGUGAUGCGCCUGGCACGCCACUCCCUUGGCCUGCAGACGCUGGGGCUGACGGUGAGGCGCAGCACGAGGGAGUUUGGCCUCCUCCUGCUUUUCCUUUGCGUGGCCGUCACCCUGUUCUCCCCUCUGGUCCACCUGGCAGAGAGUGAGCUGACAGGCACCCAUGACUUUAGCAGCAUUCCCGCCUCCUACUGGUGGGCCAUCAUCUCCAUGACGACCGUAGGGUAUGGCGACAUGGUGCCGAGGUCCAUCCCGGGGCAGGUGGUGGCCCUCAGCAGCAUUCUGAGUGGAAUCCUGAUCAUGGCCUUCCCGGCCACCUCCAUCUUCCACAUGUUCUCCCGCUCCUACCAGGAGCUGAAGAUGGAGCAUGACCGCUUGUUCAAGGAGGAGUGCGAGGCCGCUGCAGCCGCUGCUACCGCAGAAGAUCCGCCGGACGGGGGCGAUGAAGGAGCCAAGGACGACUGUGCUUCGUGUGGAACUGUUCCCGACAGAGAGAAGCUGGCCUUACUGGAGUCCGUGACUCUGCUGGUAAAAAGGGGAGACGCUGCAGGAAAUAACCACAGCCUUCCAGCAAAAGCUUUUUAAAAACUCAAACUGACCGACUCAGAGCUUCAUUUCCAUGAAGAUUUGAGUUCUUUUCUGCUGCAUAGGAUAAAAA